GGAAGUUGCCGAGAGCUACUACAUCUUGCGCCGGGCGACCAUGCGUCGGUACUGGUCCAAGUUCUCUAAAGAACAAGCUGAACCGGAGUGGCAGGGCUCCGUAUUCGACAUGGAGUGCAGAUACGACUGCGAAGCCAACGCCCUGUAUAUACCAAUGGGCUUGUUCAGCGAGCCUAUUCUUCAUUCCGACGUUUCUUCCAUAUUCAGCGUCUCCAGACCAGGUGCCAGAAUAGCUCAUGCUAUGCUGGGUGCUGUUGACAAACGAGGCUUCCUGUACACCGUAUCGAGCACGUACAGAAAGUGGUGGACGGAAGAGACGCACUACCGGUACGCACAGGUGCUCUCCUGCUUCAUGGAACAGUACAAGGGAAUCGUCGACCGCAAACUGCAUCUCAGGCUGACAUCCUCGGGAACCUCCGAAAUGAACGUCGCUGACAAUGCAGCCCCAGAAGUGCUCUACGAGGCCUUCCGCCAAACAGUCGACGACAUGGACAUCGACAACCUUCACUUCUCUAUGGCUGGUCUUAAGAAUUUCAAUCUUGACCAGCUCUUCUUCAUUUCCUAUGCCAUGGGAUUUUGUGAAGAGCAGAAGGAGGACUUUCUUAAGAAGCAAAUACUUCAUGGUACAACGAGCCCAGCAAAGUACAGGGUGAACCUCCCGUUCAGCAACAUGCCCUCAUUUGCCAAAGCCUUCGGCUGCUCCGAAGACAGUCCCAUGAACAGAACACUACGGUGCACCUUCUGGUGAAGCCGGGCAGCCGGAUACACAGUCAAGAAACUCGUGUGAUUUCCAAUCGUUCCAUUGCUCGCGUUGUCACACCGGCUUCGUGCUGUGCUUUUCGGACAUAUCAAAUAAAGACUUUUUCAGUUUCUGUGA